GUCAAUUCAACAAUAUUUGAUAAGAGAUGGUUGAAACCAGGAGACUGCCUCUAAGGAAAGAGAAUGGACCAUCAUCACCAAACUCAUCCAUUUUUUACACUCCUGGAAAGACAAGCUCUAUAUUCAAUACGCCUACGCGCUCUGGCUCGAGGCUGCAGUUACAGCUUGAAAUGACCAAUUCAACAGUACUACUGCCUAGCAAGAGGGGGACAAUGAAUUUUACAAAAGGAUCCCCAAGAAGAGAACUUCAGGAGGAAGCCAAUGGUACUUCUGCUAUUUUCAAGGCUCCGUCUCCGGUCAAGACGCCAAAUGGAAGAGCUGGGUUACCUUCACCAAAAAGAAGAGGUAUUUUCGAUCUCGACAAAUCAGCAAGAAAGAGAGCUUUUAAAAGCACUAGUGCUUACUCUCAGCUAAUGAACGAUGGGACGGAUGAUUUUGAUUAUCUUGAGGAGCAAGAUCGUGAACUAGCAGGAAGAAUUAUACGGGAAUCAAAACGCGCUAAAAUUAAUGAUAAAGAUGAAGAAUCUGAAGAAGAAUAUAUAAGGGCUUAUGGAAGUGAUGUUGAAUUGGAAGAGGAUCAUACUGAAACACCUAAGACAAGAAGGCGAACACAUGCCGAGAAGAAGAAAGAUGUUCAACCUAAACCUAAACCACGCUCUAGAAGAAGGGCUACUGUGGAUGAGGUCAAGAGCGAAGACCAAAAUGAAAGUGAUGAAGCGGAAGACAUUGACGAUGAAGAAGAUUCGGAUGUUGAAGUGGAUGAUGAAGAUGUGGAAGAUGAAGAAAAUGCGGAAGAUGAAGAAGAAGAAGAAGAAGAAGAAGAAGAAGAAGAAGAAGAAGAAGAAGAAGAAGAAUUACAAGCAAGCCCAACAAGGUCUAGGAGACGGCAGAGAAAUGAUAUAGGGCUUGAUGAGGAGAUAAGUCCUCGAAAGGUGGGUCGUCCAAGGACCCGUGAAAUCAAAGAAAAACGAAGAGUGGGAAGACCAAGUAAAGCCGACAAGGUCAUUAGUCAAGUCAAGAGUAUUUUCCAAAUGGACGAUGAUGCUUUCUUCCAAGAAAAUAAAAGUCCUCAGAAAAAGGACUUGCUGAAAAGUCCUCAAAAGAGAGCAAAUGUUCCUUUAGUCAAUUUUAAUAAUACAGGUGAUAGUAAAUAUUCCAAAAUACCAGUUGUGAGCGGAAUAACCCAAGAAAAUGAAGCUAAGAAAGAUAAUGUUCCUUUUGAAGAAAACGACUUUCAAACCCGUUUCACUCCCAUGCCUAUUCCCGAACUCGACGAGAAUGGAGAAAUUAUAGAUAAAGAAUACGUAGAAAAGUAUUUCCCUCGUUCUAAUCUCGAGUUGAAAUUUAAAGGAAAAUUAGCUGACGAAAGAGCCUUUUUCCUUGAAGGGUCAGAAGGAUACUUUGAACAACAUAACACUAGAGUCAAAGCCAGUGCUGGCUCGCUCAGUCAAUCAGCUCCACAUAUCGAGUAUGACGAGUUUUUACCUUACGUCAAACUUAGCGAAUUAGUGAGAAAACAAGAAAGGGCCAACAUUUGUGAAUUACACCGACUGUUAUAUCAUCAAUGGUGCUUCGAGCUCACUCAAUCUUUUAAUUUAAACUUUUACGGGAUUGGUUCAAAGAUAAACUUAAUACUCGAUUUUGUUGAAAAUUAUUUAAUUGACUGGUACGAGGAGAUUUUUGAUGAUGACUAUCCUGAAAUAUUAGUUGUAAAUGGUUAUAACCCAGCUACAAAAUUGAAGACCAUCAUGCUUGAUAUAGCAUCAGCUUUAAUCCCACAAGAAACGAAGAAGGCAAAUAAUCUUAAAUUUCCAAAGCAUGUUUCAGAAACCGUUCCUUUCUUGAUAGAAUUCAUGAAUCAAAACAGGGAACCACCUACUGGAAAAAACAAUAUUAUAAGGCCCAAGCUUAUAUUGACAAUUCACAAUAUCGACGGGGAAUCAUUGAGAGAUGAAAAGACACAAAGCUUGUUAUCCCAGUUAUGCUCACUCCCUGAAAUAUGGCUUAUUUCUUCUGUCGAUAAUGUGAAUGCCAGUUUAUUAUGGGAUCUGUUCAGGUUGAAAAACUACAACUUUAUUUGGCAUGAUUUGACCAACUACAAUCCAUAUAGUAUUGAGUUAUCUUUCAAAGAUAUUCUUAGUGUUGGUAAAUCCAAGAAGUUUGUUGGUAGUAAGGGUGCUAAAUUUGUCUUGACCUCUUUGACGCCUAAUGCUAGAAAACUUUAUCAAUUAUUGAUUAACAAGCAAAUGGAAAUUAUGAAACAUGCUACUCAGAAUAAAGCAGGUCUUUCAAGCUUGAGAGGUAACAUAAAAUUUGCAAUUGGUUUCAAAGAGUUCUAUACAGCAUGUACCGAAAAUUUCGUCUUAUCCCAUGAAAAUGCCUUCAGAACAAUUCUUGGUGAAUUCGUUGAACAUAAGAUGUGUACACUUACCAAGGAUGAUUCUGGGACGGAAGUUGUUUUUAUUCCUUUUUCAUUUGCUGAGAUGGAACAAUUGCUUAAAGAGAACGUGUUGCAAUAAUCGUCAAUUCAAAGAGCCUUCAUCCGAUGAGAGUUUGUGUUUGAUAUACCUCGUCUACGAUCGUAAAAUGAAGCUUUCUGGGGUACCAAACUAGUUCCCCUUUCUAUAACCACAGCGACAGUUGUUCCGGUGGUUAAAUUAGCAUUUGUCAUAUAGAUUCUAAA